ACAGCCAUGUCCUGCUACGACCUCUGCCGCCCCUGCGGACCCACCCCGCUGGCUAACAGCUGCAACGAGCCCUGUGUCAGGCAGUGCCAGGACUCCCAGGUCGUCAUCCAGCCCUCCACCGUGGUGGUCACCCUGCCGGGACCCAUCCUCAGCUCCUUCCCCCAGAACACCGCCGUCGGAUCCUCCUCAUCAGCUGCCGUGGGCAGCGCCCUCAGCGCCCAGGGAGUGGCCAUCUCCUCCGGCGGCUUCGGCUUCGGAGGCCUGGGCUGCUUCAACGGCGGCAGAGCCCGCUACCCCUGCUAAGGGCCUGCGCCCACACCCUCACACCAACCACCUGCACCCUGCAAGGUGCCUCACGCACUGACCUCACGUCUCUGUGUCACCUAUGGCCCAAGGGCUCACCAGCCAUGGCUCCUCUUUUCAUGGCAGAAAACAAGCAAGCAGGGAACAGCCUCAGACCAUGCUGCCUGGGAACAUGA